AUGUUCUCGGCGAUUGGUAGAUGUUACAAACAGGGAGCAUACGUCCCUUUAGAGUUUGAAGAAGAAAAUGUCAUUGAUGCAAUCAUUGACACGUCAGAAGGUGGUGAGAUUAGGACAUUUAAAGGCGAUGUUUCGAGUGAGCCAGAAUCAAGCACACAAAUGAAUGUUGAGUGUAACAAACAGUUUAGUGAGCAGCAAAAUAAGCAAGCAAACGACCCGGAAAUACAGUUACAGACAUUGUUUUCUAAUCAUUUGAGAGAUGAAAAAGAAAUCAAUGAUCAAGAUGUACUACUAGCAAAUAUUUGGGAUUUUGGUGGUCAAUUCAUCUAUUAUGCUACGCAUCAAAUAUUUCAUUCGAGGGACGCAAUAUAUCUGCUGGUGUUUGAUCUUACAAAGGAUCUUGAUACACUCAUUAUUGACUGCGACUUCCCAGAUAGACAGGAGAAGAUGAGAAACAAUUUAUUGUUCUGGGUGAACUCGAUACAUGCGUUUGUUGGUGAUGAUGACUCGGAAGAAAACAUGAAACCUACAAUAAUAUUAGUAGGAACACACAGCGACAAGGUAAAGGGAAACGUUGACUCCAAAUUCCAUGAGGUUUAUCAGCUGUUUGAAAAUACAAAAAUCAGACACCAUAUAUAUGAGAAACCAUUUGCAGUUGCAAGUCUUGAUAAAGCUGAUGAUGGAAUAGACAAUUUAAAGGAGACAAUAUAUAAUUUAGGCGUACAAAAUGCUAAGUGCAUCAAAAUACCAGCAAAAUGGAUUCCUCUAGAGAUUGCAUUGCUGAAUAUUCGAGAUGAAAAGGAAAAGCAAAUUCUAGAGUUUGAUGAGGUUGUGGCUUUAGAUAUGCUCAAUACCCAUCCAAUCGCAGAUAUAAAAGAAAUCAGGAAAUUCCUCAACUACCAUCAUGCGAAAGGCACAAUUGUCUUCUUUGAUGAAGAUGGCCUUGACAAGUAUAUUGUCCUGAACCCCCAAUUUAUGAUUAAUGCGUUUAGGUGCAUUAUUUCUGCCAAAUGGUUUUGUAGGUGGAACCACACUGUUCAGAUAAAUGCGAAGAAGUUGAAGCGAGAGGCUAUUCUAGAACCAGAGUUUUUAGAUGCUGUUUGGGAAGAAGAUCAGUUUAUCAAUUUCAAAAAGAUUUUGCUUAUGUUUUUAGAGAAACAUCGGAUACUUGCUGAAUUAAGGCAAAUGGAUGAACAAACUGGCAGUAUCCAACUUCUAGGAAAAUAUAUGAUACCAAGUCUACUUAAGCCUGAGCUUUCACGACAUGAAACAAAUGACUUUUUACAAUAUAAAAAAUACACAAGAGUUAUUCUUGGGCUUGAACUAGAAGGAUUGAUAUCUACCACAGUCUUUGAAAAAUGUACAGCGGCUUUGCUUGGCAAAUGGCCCCCUAUUGAAUACAACGAUCAAGUCCUUGUUUCACAACGUGAAGGACUUUAUCGUCUUGAUCUACAACACGCCGGGUUAAUACAAAAGUCGGGUGAAAACAUAGAGCUGAUGGUUAUAAACCUUUGUCCCCCUGAACACCCACAAAGUACAACGUGUGAUCGUUUUCGUCGAUAUGUAGAGAUGGUUCUCACAUAUGAGAAACGUAAAAAUCAUUUACGUCAACAAGGAGAUGUAAAGCCUUACCGACAUUAUUUCAAAUGUAAUGACUCUAAGCAUGAAGGCCGUGGAAGUCACAAUGUUCACUUUUUAGAUGAAAUCAGAAAUGAACCGAAGGUAUGUUGUCCAGAUAAUAGAAGUCAUCCGAUAUAUGUACAGGAGGCUAUUGCCGAAUGGUUCCAAGGAGAAGGCAUCACGGAUUUUGAAACCAGUAUCAUACGAAAAGCGUCGAAAAACGACAAAUUGGUUUCGAGAGUGGCACGAGAGUUUGGAAUAAAUUGGAAAAUGUUUGGAAUCGCUAUAGGUCUGUCAUUUGAAGAUUUAAAGUCAAUCAGUGACGAAUGUGAUCAAGAAAUAGAGAUAAAAAUUCUAAUAAUUGCGAUGUUCAAUGUAUGGAAAGAAAAAUAUCCGGAUGAUUCCGACUACAUGCAUGAAAGAGAAAACCAAAUCGAAAAUAACACCGGUAUUAAUGUGGACUGGGACAAAGUGCGAAAUUGCUUUGACGCUGGUUAGAGUUGUUUGCAAGAUAAACAGCGGCUCAUCACGUGCGAGGCUGGUUAGUCAUUUGGGGAAUUCUGCCUUACAUUGAUACUUAGUAACUUUACAAUUUCAACAAAUUACCAUUUUCAUUUGUUUAUGUCUUUUUCCUUAUACGUGUUUGAUUUCUUGCAAGCAAAUAUCAGUAACAUAUUCUUAAUGCCCAGUAUGAGUGUCUCAAGGUUAAAAUCAUUUUUAAUAAAAGGGUUAUGGAAAAGGGCACCUGAAAGGUGAAAAAUGUAAAACAAAACAAUUAUUAUGCAUAAUAUUAUGUCGUUAUUAUACAUAUUGAAUACAAUACUGAAUAUUCUAAUUAGCACCUCGUCCAGUGUUAAGUUUGACAGCUGUGUACAGGUCAAAUAGAAUCAAUAUUGUGUUCACCAAUGUGUAAUGGUAUUUCAUUACCGUGUAACGAUUCUUUGUACAUUUUGGCAGAACGUUGUCACUUUUAGUUCAAUAAGAUUUGAUAUGGAUUGUUUGAUCUCGGUUAAUUAAAACGAGACUAGACGGAGUACAAUAGUGAUUUGAUAUAAUUUUUAAGCUUGGAAAAUAAAAACGAGGUUAAUUUGAUAAUAUUGGAUCCAACAGUAAUUUAUAUUUGAAGACGCUUGAAAUCCAUUGGCUGUAUUUCAAAAUGUUUUGAAUAAAAAACUUUAUCGAUGUUGAUUGCUUUUUAAAAGAUCCUGGACAUAAAUGCAUCACUUACAGUAUAAAUAUGCUUGUUAGGCCUGUUAUUUCUAACUUUAUACACCACUUUCACACACAAGUGCUUUAUGUAUAUAGAACAUAAUUUUAAUCUUAUUGCACAUUAUGUAUUAAGUGCUAAAUUUUAACGUUAUUGUUGCAAUAUAAACAAGUCAUACAUCAUGCAUGCGUGUCUUGUUACUUCCUUAUUGAAAGUCCCCAUGUAAAUUUAGGUUUUUGUUUUUAUUUUUCAUAUCUAUUUUCUUUUGAUUUACAGAAUUGUCAUUAUAUUUAUCAUAGUUUGGGUUGUACAGGAAAAAUGCUUAGCGUUUUGUAGUACAAGAUAAAAAGACAGAGGAACGUUUUUAACUUCAAUAUGUUCAAGACUUAUACAGAGAAUUAUUUAAGUACAUUUGAAUGUUUACUGUUGACAAUGGAAUACCGCUUAAUAUUAUUUGUCGUGAAAAAUAUUUAAAAAAAAAAAAACUCAUUCAAACCGAGUCUGCAUUUUUAUAAAGUAUUGGUGUGUCAUUGUUUCGGAUGGAUCACCUUUUUUCCAGACUUUUAUUAAAAGGAAAAAUUCGAGGAUAUUUAAACGGAGUCAACGCGCGCAGACAUUGUUUUGGUGUUCAAAUGACUACGAAAAUAAUUGCUGGUGAACCUCA